CGUGUUCACGAGGGAGAUGCCCUCGUCUAACAUCGCCUGCCACCACAGAGGACUUCUCGAGUCGAUCUCGUCGUCGUUCUUGGAGAAUGUGAAGAAGGCAAUACCGAAUCCGCGUCCAAAGACUGCCCGUUGGAGAAGCACUAGCAUUCGGCCAUCCGACGAUGCACCCAAGUUCAUUCACGACUCCUGCUCCGCGGAAUUCCAGCUCUUCAACAUAUUGGAGCCAAUAUGGAUGUACGAGACGUUUGACAGCCACGUGCCGCACGAUGCCCUCGUCAUCGAAGUAUCCAUGAUUGGCUUUCUCGUGCAUCAGCUGGAGAGGACGAACCGACUUCAGAAUCGUAUCGUUGUGGGUUUAAUGGACAAGAAAUCUGACGACAACGCACAAUUCUUCAAGGAGGGCGAUCCAAACGAUACGGCGAGAACUGUACUCGCAUGAGACAAAGCUGC